GAGUUCAUCCUCUCGCACCUCUCGUCCUCGCCAAGGUCAUAAGAAGAAAACAAGAAAGUCCAAACCAAAGGAAGUGGUUGUAGAAGAAACUCAUCUACCAUCACAUCUUCAACAUCUGGCAAGGGUAGUUCCUCAAUUUGUAGAAGGCGGCAUAGAGCAUAUUACUCAUUACAUCUUGGAGCAUAUACCCAAGAAAUUCAAGAGCAAACUCCUAUGGCUUCAAGGGCUACCUUUAGGGGAAAAUACUUGUCUCGAUUGGAUUUUUUUCGCCCAGCUCAGAAUGGAAGAUGCAAUCCGUUCUACGGUCUAGAAGAUGGAAUGGCUCAAGUUGCUCUCUAUUCAAGAACACAUAUACCGGGUACUUGUUCUGGAGUUCAUUAACACUCCCACUAUUCGAUACAUGAGGUGUGCUACCGACCUUGAGGACAACAUUCAAUUUCAACUUGUAGAAGAAUAUCAUCACAUGUCGAUCCAGGAGUUCACAAGAGCUUUGGACAUCUACCUGACGGGUUUCGUUGACUCACCUAAUGAUUUCUCCACCUUGACAAGGGAAUCCGACUUCCCUUGUUUCAAGGUCUUCUAUGAGUCUAAAGUCAAGAAGCCAGAGAGUCGACAAUGGGACGUGAGACUAUCAAAAGCCAGUGAGAUAAAGCCGGAGUGGCGGCUCAUCCACCACGCGAUUGCUAGGUCCGUGGGAGGAAAGAACCAGAGCAAGGGCAACUUGAUCACCCGAGACAUCACCUUGUUUCAUAGCAUGCGCUUCCCACAGUCUCUUCAUCUCGGUUUAUCGAUCUUGUCUAUCUUCAAGCCUUAUGAGAUGGAUCACAGACUUGCCUCACUUCACGGAGGAGUGUAGGUCACCCGACUUGCCAAGUAUUUCCAAGUUGACUUCAGAGUUGUUCUAUUUCGGUUGGAUCGUAGAACCUUUCCUAUAUCCUUCGAUGUCGUGAAGUAGAAGCUUAAGGUGCUACACAUGAACAAUGAUGGCAUUUGGGGUGUUUGGGGAUUCCCAUUUCCAGCCAUCAACACAUUGGACAUGGUAGGAAUCGUAUUCCGUAUUCCGUAUUCCGGAGGCCAGGAGGGCAAGGGGCUGAAGAGGAUUGACAACCGAGGAGGAACAUGAGGAGAGCGUGUAUGAAGGAGGAGAGGUGCGUAUUCCCACUUUCCACCGGUUCACCCACCGAGCAACAAUGCAAGAGAUUAUAGGAUUGAGGCUAUAAUAGCGGCUAUCCUUCACAACCAACGAAGGGAAAAGGAAGCACGGCUUCACAUCAUGGCGUGCAUCCACACUCAUGGAGAAGAUGAACAUUCUGAUCGAAGAUGUACUUGCCACAUCCAACCGCUCCUCCCCUUCCACACGUUCCCACGAUGAAGAAGAAGGACCCUCCGAGGAGGGAUGAGUUCUAUCUUUUCUUUUUCUUUGCUUUUCUUUAUUUCAAUUAAAACAAUGUUUAAUU